GCUAUCUUUCCCUCUGCACUGUCUCCUUUCAUAGGCUUUACCGGGAACUCAUGCUGCAGCUGCAAUUAAGCAACCACGCCUAUUGCUCUUUAAUUUCCCUGAACUGUAGCACUUAUACAACAGUUCCCUUGAGUUAAACGAAUAGUUACAAGCUCUCGUGCAGAUAACAUACUAUUCGUCGUUUUUUUUUUUUUUUCAUCCCCCCCUUAUUAAUUUUAUUAUCGCGAGAACCUACAGUGCGACCCUCCUGGGCUGUUCUUGACCACUGCUGCCGGGUUGGGAGUUAAUAUCCCCGACGGUCACUCAGCUCUCUGACCUGGAGCACGCAUUAUAGCAGAAAUGGAAUACCUCAAGUUUUGUUUAGUGUUUUUAUGCUUGGUCAAGUUUGUAUCUUCUGUCUUCCCCAGUGAUGCCCCUCAAGCUCCUGUACCUAUUUCUAAAGAAAAAUUGCUCGUCUUAACUGUUGCAACCGAGGAAACAGAUGGUUUCCUCCGCUUCAUGAGGUCUGCUGAUUAUUUUAACUACACUGUGAAGGUGUUGGGAAUGGGAGAAGCAUGGAAGGGCGGUGAUGUGGGUCAUUCUAUUGGUGGAGGGCAAAAAGUCAGACUACUGAAGAAUGCCAUGGAGGCUCUGGCUGAUCAGGAGGAUCUUGUUGUCCUGAUUGUGGAUAGCUAUGAUCUUAUCUUUGCUGGAGGACCAGAAGAAAUUCUCAGGAAGUUUCAGCAAUCCAAUCACAAGGUGCUCUUUGCUGCAGAGGGGCUGGUAUGGCCAGAUAAACAGCUAGCUGACAAGUACCCCUCAGUCCGCAGUGGCAAACGCUACCUCAACUCUGGAGGUAUAAUUGGGUAUGCCCCAUACAUAAACAGAAUAGUUUCACAGUGGAACCUUCAUGACAAUGACGAUGACCAGCUCUUCUACACUAAAAUAUACCUGGAUCCAUUAAAGCGAGAAUCUCUCAAUAUGACUUUGGACCACAAGUGCCAGAUUUUUCAAAACCUGAACGGGGCCGUCGAUGAAGUGCUUCUCAAGUUUGGAACGGACAGAGUGAGAGUUAGAAACACGGUGUACGACUCUCUGCCAGUAGUUGUCCAUGGCAACGGAAACACCAAAAUGUAUUUGAACUACCUGGCCAACUAUGUUCCCAACGCAUGGAACUAUGAACAUGGCUGUAGCCACUGUGAUGAUGAUGUUCUGGACUUUUCUCAGUUAAACGAGUAUCCCAGUGUGCUGAUUGGAGUAUUCAUUGAGCAGCCAACUCCAUUUCUUCCUGAAUUCUUCCAGCAACUGCUCACCCUGGAUUAUCCAAAGGAUAAACUCAAACUUUUUGUUCACAACAAUGAGGUUUACCACGAGAAGCACAUCCAGAGGUUCUGGGAAGAGAACAGGAAUGUGUUCAGCAGUUUCAAAGUUGUGGGACCAGAAGAAAUUUUGAGUCAAGGAGAGGCCAGAAACAUGGGCAUGGACCUUUGCCGUCAGGACGCCACAUGCGACUACUACUUCAGCAUAGAUUCUGAUGUCAUGCUGACCAACAGACAGACACUGAAGCUCCUCGUUGAGCAAAACAGAAAAAUAAUUGGCCCCCUUGUCACUCGUCACGGCAAGCUGUGGUCCAACUUCUGGGGAGCCUUGAGUCUGGAUGGUUAUUACGCCCGCUCUGAAGAUUAUGUUGACAUUGUGCAGAGAAAACGCGUGGGUCUGUGGAACAUUCCUUACAUGGCACAUGUAUACCUUGUCAAGGGCAGUGCCUUAAGGAAUGAACUGAAAGAACGGAACUACUUUGUUCUGGAAAAACUGGACCCAGAUAUGGCUUUGUGUAGAAAUGCCAGAGAAAUGACCAGUCACAGAGAAAAAGACUCCCCUUCUCCGGAAUCAUUCCAUAUGCUCAGGCCCCCAAAGGGAGUCUUCAUGUACAUAACCAACCGUCACGACUUUGGGAGGCUCAUUUCCACAGCCAAUUAUAACAUUUCUCAUUACAACAAUGACUUGUGGCAGAUAUUUGAAAACCCUGUGGACUGGAAAGCGAAAUACAUCCACCCAAACUACACUCGAAUUUUUACUGACAACUACUUGGAGGAGCCAUGUCCAGAUGUGUUCUGGUUCCCAGUUUUUUCAGAGAAAUUUUGUGAUGAAUUAGUUGAGGAGAUGGAGAACUACGGUUCAUGGUCUGGAGGCAGACAUGAGGACAAGCGGAUCGCUGGAGGCUAUGAGACUGUGCCCACGGACGACAUUCACAUGAAGCAAAUUGGGUUUGAGAAAGAGUGGCUACACUUCAUCCGAGAGUUCAUCUCACCCGUCACAUUAAAAGUUUUCUCUGGCUAUUAUACAAAGGGUUAUGCUGUAAUGAACUUUGUUGUAAAAUACACUCCUGAGAGACAAGCAUAUUUGAGGCCCCACCAUGACUCCUCCACCUUCACCAUCAACAUUGCCCUCAAUAACAAAGGCAUGGACUUCCAGGGAGGGGGUUGCCGUUUCCAUCGGUAUAACUGCUCCAUAGAAUCACCGAGAAAAGGCUGGAGCUUCAUGCACCCGGGACGACUGACUCACCUCCACGAAGGCCUACCCACCACGAGCGGCACCCGCUACAUUGCAGUGUCCUUUAUUGAUCCUUGAACUACCUUAUGAUGUCAAGUCUUUUGACCACGCUUCACUUUUUUUAUCCAAAAUUUUUUGGGUUUUUUUUUUGAAGUUUUGUGCUCAAGCUGUUUUGCUGAUGGGAUUUUUUUUUUUAAAGCAGUUGCUUUAAAAGGAUGGAAAAUUGCAUAAAGAUAAUCUCUGUCACAAAGAGAGUAGAGAGAAAAGGGAAGUAACAAAGGCAAUUAUCAGUUUUGAUGCAAAAAAGUGCUAGCAGGGUAAUAAUUUAUGCCACAUUCCCAUCUCAUUUUUAGAUUCAAAACAAAAAUCUUCCAAGGAAUUCUCUGUGCAGCAGAUUGUCAUGAUUUUCAUAGUGCUGUCAUGAUAACCAUCAUUCAUGCACACUGGUAGAUUUGCUUGUUAUUGGCUGUACUGUGUGAGAUUGUGCAAAUGACCAUUUUGUAUGAAAUUGUAUUUCAGGUAAAAUGUCACUGAAUUUAUGUAUUCUUUCAAAAAUUACUACUGGUGCUAAUUAACAUGUUUCUGUAUUCAAGGUCAUUAUUUGUCUGAGUGUAAGUUAAGGUGUUUUUCUACCCUGAAUCACUCAAGGUUCUAUUUGUGAUUUUAUUUAUUAUAUUUCUUAAUUACAUUAACAUUCGGUUUGUACCCAGUAAAAGAAAAAAUGGUAGUUUUGCACAGCAAAGACAGCUGAUUUCAAUAAGAAUUAUAUUUAAAUGAAGAUCAAUAUGUCAUUUUAUUUGAAAGGUUUUCCUUCUUUCUUUACUGCAGAUUGGCAACACUGAUUUGCUUUACUGAAAAUGUUUUUUUUCCUGACAGAUAUGUGUGACUGGAAACUCAGUCACGUUUUCUUUAAGUUAUUGUAAAAAUUCAAUAUAAAAAAAAACUCUGCUGAAUAAUAAAUGUUUUCAAAUUUACUGUAAUUUUAACAGUCAGACACUCUGUGGUAUAGUCUUCAACAUAUUUGCCUUAUGAGUGAUAAAUUGUGAUAUCCGGAAAGGAGACAAAAUCCCAGCUUCAGGAGUCUGGGUAAAUGGGAUGGUUGCAUUUGGCUUAAAAUUCUGUGGCAAAUCAACAUGUGGGUCCAUCCACUGCAGUGACCUUGUGAGAAAUAAUGGAGCAUCUGAAAGCACAAUCUUCUUGCAUUUAAAGCACUCACUAUCCAGACAGCAGACUGAUAGUUCACAUGCUUAACAAUUCAACGUUGAGACCUGCUGUCUUCUUGUAGAUUCUUCUGGCACAAGAGAACAAUGUCUGGAUGUAGUUACCACUGCAGACAAGCUUUCACUGUCUUAUCACUUUAUCGGUUCAUUUUCCACAUCUGGACAUAUCCAUCAGGCCUGGUUUGGACUGAAGUGCUGCUCUGCUGCAGGGAGUAUCCCUGAAGUGCUUGGGUGUGGUGUGAUGAUGUACAUCAGUGCAAAAGUAGUUCAGUUUACCUUAGGGGCUAAAUGUAAACAUGUACAUGCAACUUCAUGAAAGUGGUACAGAUGGUGCUUGUAAGACUGAUGACAGAACAGGGGAGGGGGAGUGUUGAAGGUGGAGCUUAGAGAGAUUUUUAGCUUUUACAUCACUACAUGUUUACCAUAUAGAAACCUAAUACAGUUUCCACUUUAGAUUUGAACCUAGAUUAUAUAUUAAAAAAACAAACUAAGUUCUCACCUUCCUAUCAAAUCCCAUUACUUUUUUAUCACCAAUAGCCUCUGGAGGUUUGCCUCCCCCCGUUGAGAGCCAUGUAUUUACCUUGCAGGCUUAACUCCCUGACCAGAUGCACAUUUUUGCUCCGUGUAAAGCUGGAAUGAAGGCUGAAUUUCAGUAGCUGCUGUGAAGCAGCAAAGACACAGGGAGAGGAGGAGGAGGAGAUUUAGGUCAGACCAGGAAAUGCUCUCAGCUGCUGAAAGAGCCCUUUGUAGCCAUCAUUUCCCCUGAACUGCCCUGUGUCCAGACCCUCUGAAAGGUGACAUUGAUUCCAACCAGGCAUGCAGGAAAAAACGUCCUUACCAAACACAGAAGAUUCUCACAGGAAUGGCUUUAUCAGAAGGAAGAUAUGGUGACACAUAUUUGAAGCCUGAUUUAUUCUAAAGUCAGAAGUAGGAUACAGUAGACUGGGUGUUUUCAAUGCAAAGGCAGGUUGUUUAAGGUCAUUUCCUCCUUUUAUAAAUAAAAUCAGCUCUGGAGUCUGUGUUUUAACAGUUGUAGAUGGUUGUACUCACCAUGUUUAACCCAAUGAAUACCCAUACUUAGGGUAAAUGGUUCUUGAGAUGGAAAUUUAGCUUUUAUCCCAAAGUAAAUUCAAGUGCACCACUAACUGCAGGGUGCCCAGUGGCAAAUAGUGAUUUAGCCAUUACCCCGGCAAGCACUCUGGUCUUGACCAAACAAAAGGAUUUGAAUUAGGUGUUUAAAAUGAUGUAGAAAUUUAAGUGCUUGGGGCCAGUCUAUGUGUGGUCAUUUCCAGAACUGGUGGUUUGGAGGCAGUCUUGCUUGGUGGGUAUAAUGAGGAGUUUCCACCAUAGUUUGUCUUAUUUUAAUGGACUGUUUAUCUAUUUGCCUAGUCAUUCAUUUACCGCCUGGGGUAAUGAAUCAAAGCAUUAAUCCACGUGUAAG